AGCCAGAGUCAAGUUGCUCUUGGAAAGCGUGAAGAUAAUCCGUUUCAGUUGCGUAGAGGAUCACACAGUCACAUAAAUGCAGUAUCUAAACGUAAAAGAAGAUUGCAAAGCCAUGGCUUUCUGUGCAAAAAUGAGGAGCACAAAGAAGAGUGAAGUAAACCUGGAAGCUCAGCAUCAGGGUUUAGAAAUACUUUUCUACCUGCAAGAUAAAAAACCCAUUUAUUACACCAGUGGCGAGUUUACCUCGGAGGAGCUGUGCAUUGAAGCUGCCCAGAGGUGUUCUAUAUCUCCUCUGUGCCAUAAUCUCUUUGCGCUGUAUGAUGAAAACAAAAGACUCUGGUAUGCACCAAAUAAGGUCUUUAAGAUAGAUGAAAAAACAUCACACCGGCUCCAUUAUCGAAUGAG